CGCAGGCAGUGAACGGCCAACGCAUGCGUCAAGGCUGAUGCCUCCUGUAGGCUCGCUAGUGACCCUGCUCAGCAACCAACAAGGCAGUACGAGCAGCAGACAAGCUCCUGGAUCACGCCUAGCAGCUCGACCCGCUCCGCAGACCGUUGAAAGGACAAAGAGCAACGACGGUGCAAACGAGCCUCAAUAUCGUCUGCGUAUAGAGCUGUUCGACCAUCACCUAGCUCAGAGACAGAGACGAGAUAGUGGGCGCCACAUCUCCGAAGAUCCUGCCCUGCUCUCGCUCGACACGCCUACGGGUCUGCCUCCUGAAGUCGACGCUGAGGUGAGACAGAGCUCGAGCGUGCCCGCCGCCUUCACAUCCAGGGAUCCCUUCGAGCUUGUGCCUUUUGCCGAGUACGCAUCCUCUGGCACCGCAAACACGCGUCCCUUGAACCCAAGCGCGCUGCCAUUCUCGCCUGCAGCACUAUCUGGAUCAAACUUUGGCAAGCCUGCUGGUGGCGGCAGGGUCACCAUCGAAUCGAUCGUGCCCGUCUUCACUCCCCUACGUACGCUAGAUUAUCGAUUCGGUCCUAUCUCGCUCGAGUGGGGCUCACCGAAACCGAUUGGAGACCUCGAGCGUGCGUUGCAAGAAUCAACUCUCGGCCCCGUCGAAAGCGACAGCAUGAGUCCGAGCGUCACGCGUCCUGUGCCUCUACGCGGGCACUCGUGGGCGAGUGCUAGCACAAGCACCCGGCCACUUUCGCCUAUCAGCCAAGCCUCAGAAGCCGAGACGCUCGCCUCAACAGUCGGCCAGGGCUCGCUCGCACUGUCACCGUCUGCCUCUAGCAUGGGUGCCGGUCUGCCCGUUCGUUAUGCUGCAUCAUCUUCAUCGCAUCAUACUGCGUCUACUCGGCAAGACCUGCAGUCGGUCGAUCUUGGCUUUGGCAUCAUCCAUCUGAUGCGCGAGGACGAGCAACUCGACCUUGAAGGUCCUGCACCUCAUUAUCGGCGAGAACGCAAUGCGUAUGCGUCUUCCAAGCUUCAAAGAGGACAAGAAGAGCAAGGCGACGGCCUGACACUGGCCGUACUGGCCAUACCCUCAGUCAUGAGUGUGGCCGACUUUCUGCGUUUCACCGAAAGCGAUGCAGACUCGAUCAGUCAGAUCAGGCUACUCAGGGACGCGAUGCCGAAUCGAUGCAUGGCAUUACUGCGCUUCAGAGAUCGUGCUUCGGCCGAUAAAUUCGUCGUCAAUAACAAUGGCCGGCCCUAUUGGGCUAUGAUGGACGACGAAGUCUGUCAUGUAGUUCGCCUGCGCUCGAUCGACAUCUAUGCUACGACCAGCCCGCCGUUCACUUUCCCAAUGUCCAAAGAUCACGAAAGUGAGAUCACGACACCGUCUGCGGUCGCAGGCACACACGAGCUGCCAACAUGCCCCUUGUGUUUGGAACGACUUGAUGUAUCCGUCACUGGGCUGAUCACCAAUCUUUGCGCACAUACGUUUCAUUGUCAUUGUCUGAGCAAGUGGGAGAACAGCAGAUGUCCGGUCUGUCGAUACUCGCAGACUCGUACGAAGCCGCUAGAUCGAGAACAGCCGGUAAAGACAAGCUGCGACGAUUGUGGUGACGGGUCAUCGCUCUGGAUGUGCUUGAUCUGCGGUCAUGCUGGCUGCGGCCGCUAUCAAGGCAAGCACGCCUACAGGCACUUUGAAGAGACGGGUCAUCUGUACGCAAUGGAACUCGAGACGCAAAGAGUCUGGGACUAUGCCGGCGACUCCUACGUACACCGCUUAAUCCAGGAUAAGACGGACGGCAAGCUAGUCGAGUUGCCGUCCAUCGCAGGGCCCAUACACAACGAACCGACUGGCCGAGGACCGACAGACACCGCCCAUUUCAACCAGGAAAAGAUGGAGGCCAUGGGUGUAGAGUACUCCCAUCUUCUGAGCUCACAGCUCGACUCUCAGCGACUGUACUUUGAGGACCGCCUCAACGACUACCGAGAGCGGCUGGGCCGUCGCGAGUCUGCCAACGAGCAACUCAGGCACCGUGCAGAGCAGUGGGAAUCUGAGCGCAGAGAGCUGCUCAAACGGAUCGAGUCCGCUCAGGCAGCUCACAAGAGCGCUGUGCAGCAGCAGACGGAGCUCGGUGCGCGCUUGAAACAGCUCGAAGCCGACCACGCACGAGACAUGCAAAGGCUCGAGCUCAGGACGAACAAGGCGCUUGAUCUUUCGCGCUCGAUGGCCAAGGAUCUAGCAAGUGAGCGAGAGCAGAACAAAGGCUUGCUCGCCAACCUCACUGGCGCACAGCAACGCGAGCAAGUGCAGGCGAACAAGACCCAGGAGCUGCAAGCCCAGGUGACCGAUCUGCAAGAGCAGCUUCGCGACCUGAUGUUCGCACUCACUGCCCGUGAUAAGAUUGAUGCCGGUGGAGGAGCGCUGGACGAACUACAAGGAGGUAGCGUGGGUGUGGUCCAGACGCCCUCGAAUCGCAGGCAGCGGGCACGGCAGAGUAAAUGAGGCGCUUGCGAGCAAUCGAUGUACAGACAUUGUCGUUGUUUCUCUCUACAUGCACGCAUUGUCUACUAUCAAUUGACCGGAUCGAGCAGCUUGACAAUCGCCGGCCCUUUCAGAUUGUAGUCUUGCUUGCUCAGAUACGCGCCGACAUUGGCCGAGAAGGUAAUCUUUGCAAGGAUUGCACCGCCGAGGUAGGCUGCCAGAUCUGGGUGGUCCUUCAUUUCUGAGAAAUAGUCUGGGAUCUUGCCCAGACGCGCAACGCGAGCUUGCGUGUCUGAGCCGGACUCUGGAUCGAUCAAAUACUGGCUGGCUGCCUUGAUGACAGCACUUGCGACGCCUGCCGAAGCUGUAAGCAAGGAAGACAUGCGCUGAUCCACGGACAGA